AUGGUCGCGACCGCGCUGAACGGACCGUUAUCGCCGCCUCCGGCGGUGCACGUCGAUCGCGAGCAGUUCAAAACAUCUCUGCGCGUGCGCGCGAUUCGAGUGCCCACGCGCGAGACGGAUGCGGUGCUGAAAGCGCUGCGAGGAUUCGCGCUGGACUUGCCCAGGGUGAAGGCGGUGACGCGAGACGCCGAGGGCGAACGCGACGGGAAUUUAAUCCUCCUCAACGAUAAAGUCGUCGACGACGAUCUUCGCGCGGUGGUACCGGAAGAAAGGUUAAGCGUCGUGCGCGAGCGCGUCGGAGGUGAGAUCGAGGUGACGGAGUACGACGUGCCGUUGACGUACGAAUAUUUCAACGCCGCGCAAGUGCUGAGGAAAUUGUUGCCUUCGGCGGUGGAGGUGCCGAGCUCGUUCGAGACGGUCGGGCACAUCGCGCACAUGAAUUUGAGGGAUGAGCACGAAUCGCACAAGUAUUUGAUAGGGAAGGUGAUUUUGGAGAAGAACGAGCGGUUGCGGACGGUGGUGAAUAAAGUCGGGAGCAUCGAGAGCGAGUUUCGCGUGCCGGAGUGGGAGUUGCUGGCGGGCGAACCGAGUCUCGUGACGGAAGUGAAGCAGCACGGGAUGACGUUUAAGCUAGAUUUCGGAAGCGUGUAUUGGAAUUCAAGGUUAGAGACGGAGCAUAAACGGUUGGUGGACUCGUUCAAGGCGAAUGAAGUCAUUUGCGACGCGACGAGCGGCGUCGGGCCGUUUUCGGUACCGGCGGCGCAAAAGGGUAUACGUUGCUACGCCAGCGACUUGAAUCCGGAUUGCGCCAAAUAUUUGAAAAUCAACGCCAAAGAGAAUCGAGUGAAGAAUCUCGUCAAGUGCUACAACAUGGAUGCGCGCGCGUUCAUCAAGGCACUUUUAGCGGCGCCAGAGAACCGGGCGACGUUCGAUCAUUUGGUUACGAAUUUGCCGGCGUCUGGGAUAGAAUUUUUAGAUUGUCUGAGGGGUUCGUUUGAUCGAAAGGUUUGGGAGCACAGAGAGUUACCUAUGAUACACUGUUACACGUUCAAAGGGGCGGACGAGACCGACGCGGACGUCAUUAAACGUGGUGCGGGCCAUCUCGGCGCGGAAAUCGUCGACGCCGCGGUGAGCGAAGUUCGCGACGUGUCUCCGAAUAAGCUCAUGGUUUUGUUGUCUUUCCGAAUCAGCGCGGAAGCAGCGUUCUGUACAAAAAGACAGUGCACGACGUGA